AUGCUCGGUCUCAAUGACACGCGCAUUGGUUAUGGUGCCAUCCCAUCGUGUCAAACUCAACAGUUCGACGGUGGGCUUGUCUUGAAACCAGCAGGCACAAGGUCUGCCACCGUGGCUUGCUUCGUGCGCCCCUAUUCACACCAGUCCCCGCCGCAUUGCGCCCGCAGUGGGGCUCGAUGCGAACUCAUCCCGUCGAACCUGCGCCACACGUACCUCCAUGUGCCCCUGGUUACCUCUUUCAGUUCCAUUGUACACGAGGUUGAACUGACCAUUUUCAUUCAUUGUCCAGCUCCUCAAUCUCUGCCAUCUCUUGCUACCACCAACAUCACAAACAUAACCAUGGCUUUGCCGCAGAAUCUAACAGCAGAUCCCACCCUCCCACAUCACCCUAUUACGCCACCGCGCCCAUCAAUGCCAGCAUAUCUAAACAAAAACAAUAUCCAACAGUGGAGUUUCCUCUCCAACAGAGCUAAGAGGUGUUACCGCCGAUAUGCUUGUGAGGCGAAGGACCUUGUUGUAGGUCCCAUGCCUGCCGCGGAAUUUUUGCAAUUUUUGCCGCAAACAAAGGAGAAAAUGCCGGAUUCGAAGGAGGCAUUCGUCCAUGUCCCAGCGCGGGCAAAGCUUGAGGAGGAGAUCUAUACACCAUUGAUCACCGCUCUCAAUGGCAUGUAUGGACAGUCGCGUUGCCCGAACUUCGUCUUUUGUGAUACCUCAACACGGGGUGUUGAUCACGGCGCCCCUGGGUCAGUCAAACCGGACGUAUGUUGUUACGCUACGCACCGGCUCGAGUUGGUCGAACUCAACAAGGCGACAAAGGGGCCUGUUGGCGAUCUGGGCUUGGCCGAUCUAUUCAUUGAGGUGAAGCGAGAGCCUGGGCAGGAUUAUUUCAGAGAUCCCGGACCUGAGGUUGAUCGAGCCCUACACAAGUUCAUCCUCAGCCACUGUAAGGUCACCACGCUUGCUUUAGGACAGCAUAUCGCAUACGCAGCCGAGAGUCUGGGACGUCAGCAUCGCAGGGUUUACUUUUCAGCAGCAUUAGCUGGGUCAAUGGCGCGCCUUAUUCGCUGGGAUCGGGCGGGUGCGAUCGUGUCCGAGUCCUUUGACUUGCACAAAGAACCUGAGGUGCUGUGCGAGUUCUUUUGGCGGUAUUCGCACGCGUCGGAAGCGGAGCGUGGAUAUGAUUUGACUGUGGAAGUCGCAACUGGGAAGCAAGAAACCUUUUUCAAGAACUCCAUCGAGCGCCACGUCCAAAUGCAAUUAGACCUUGAAGAUAUGAGCAAGAUGGCUAAAAGAGAAAAAGUGUCUGCCAAUAAGAAGUUGGCUGCAGGCGUGACGGAGCACUAUCAGAAAGGCAGGGUGUUCGCGGUGACCACGCUUGACAGUCAGCGCAAGAAGCAUCGGAUCCUAAUUUCACGACCCUUGGUUAUGCCGCUGUCAAUUGCGGAUCGCGCAAUUCGGUAUUACUGGGCUGUCGAUGCUGACGGCGACAGCGGAAACAUUCUGUUGUUGAAGGACACAUGGAGAGACACUGCGCCAGAUAUACCGCAAGAGGGCAAUGUCUUGGCGGUCCUGCUGGAGAGUGGAGUACCGGCAAUUCCGCAACUGAACCACCAUGGAGAUGUACCAGAAGGCGAGGGCAGUGAGGGUCAGUUCUCAAAUUCCUAUGUUUGGUCGUCUUUUAACGGAGGUUACGAACAGCUUCCCAGGUUACGCUAA